AUGGAUUUUCUUGGUGGUAACAAAUUGCCUUUUGGCACGGAUCUAGAAAUCAAACCUCUCUAUGCUGGAAUAGCUGUCGCUGUUCUCGGCGGUGCCUGCUUGCUGUCUCUCGGCCGCAAGUCCAAGAACGAUGACGCCCCCGGCGUUCUUCGCUCAUUCAUCCUCUUCUUUUACUCGUCCUUCCUGAAGCCCCAUCAAGGCGAUUCUAAGGCCUCCCAGCAAGAUGCCCUUGAAAGCUUCUACUCCAACCAAGCUGGAGCGUAUGAUGCGACUCGUAAAAUCCUCCUCCGUGGUCGCGAGGACAUGCUGGCUCUUGUCGUCGCUCAGCUCGACGCCAAGACCCAGCUCGAUGUUGAUUCUGGCAAGGUCAACCCCAACAAGCGCAUUUGGGUCGAUGUUGGUGGUGGCACCGGAUACAACAUCGAGUCCAUGGCUCGCCAUGUUGAUGUCCCCACCUACUUCUCCCGUGUCUACCUCGUUGAUUUCUCCCCCUCUCUGUGUGAAGUUGCCCGCAAGCGCUUCGAGCGUCUCGGCUGGAAAAAUGUCGUCGUCGUUUGUGAAGACGCGCGCAAGUUUCGCCUUGAGGACUACGAGAACGGCAUGUCCCCCCGCACCAACCCCAUCCGCUCCCCUGCUCUCAGCUACCUGAAGCAGCAGAGACCCGAGCACGGUGGUGCCGACCUCGUCACCAUGUCCUACAGUCUGUCCAUGAUUCCCGACUACUACUCUGUUGUCGACUCUGUCACUUCCCUCUUGUCCUCCGGUGGUGUUUUCGGUGUCGUCGAUUUCUACGUUCAGAACCAGAUCGACUUCUCUUUCCGCAACUACACUGCUGGCUUCCUGGAUCGUCACGUCAACGCCUGGUCUCGCCUCUUCUGGAGAGCUUGGUUCGACUUUGACCGCGUCGGUCUUGAGCCUAGCCGUCGUGACUACCUGGAAUACAAGUUUGGUACUAUCCUCAACCUCAACGGCCGCAACCGCACCCUUGGCUACAUCCCUUACUACGUCUGGGUUGGUUGCCAGAAGAAGCCCUUUGCCACCUCCAGCUUGCCCCACGAGAUCAUUGAGCGUAUCGAUGCCAUGGCUACUGAGUCUCCUUACCUCACCGCUGUCAACCAAGGCGAUGCCCUGUCCCGUGCCAUUGAGCGCUCUGCUCCUGAGAUCCGCUCCAAGGCCUUCAUCACUGCUGUCCAGAACCUGUCUGCCAACCUGCCCCUUCCCUCAUUCUUCUACCAGAACCACCACUGGAGAAUCUACUACGAUGACCAGCUCCAGAAGCACACCCAGUUCAACGAUGAGUAUAUCUAUGCUUUCACCUGGGAGGAUGCCCGCGUCGACGAGCGCAUCCUCAAGAUUGGCCCUGAUGACAAGAUUCUCGCCAUUACUUCCGCUGGUGACAACAUCCUUUCCUACCUCGCCCAGAGCCCCGCCCGCGUCCACGCUGUCGAUCUGAACCCUACCCAGAACCAUCUCCUCGAACUCAAGGCCGCCGCCUACACUGCUCUUCCUUACGAAGACUUCUGGAAGAUCUUUGGUGAUGGUAAACACCCUGAGUUCCGCCACCUCCUUGUCACCAAGCUCUCUCCCCAUCUUUCUGGCCGUGCUUUCCAGUACUGGCUCAAGAACACUCAGAUCUUUGAGAGCAAGAGUGGUCUUGGUCUCUACGACACUGGUGGCUCCCGCCACGCCAUCCGCGCCAUGCGCUGGGUUAGCCGCCUCUUUGGUCUCCGUUCCGCCGUCAAGCAGAUGCUCAACACCAAGACCCUCAACGAGCAGCGCGAGAUUUGGAGAAACAAGAUCCGCCCUGCUCUUAUGUCUCAGCUUGUCUGCAACUUGGUUGUCGCUCAGGAGAGCUUCCUCUGGAGCGCUCUUGGUGUCCCCAAGAAUCAAUUGGCCAUGAUUGAGAACGACCACGCCAACUCGGACAUCGUCAAGGGUCCCAAGCCCAAGGCCAAGAACACCCGCUCCCAUGCCAUCUGGCACUACAUGGUCAACACCCUCGACCCUGUUGCCGAAGAGACCCUUCUUUCCGAGGAUAACCCUUACUACUAUGUCUGCUUGAACGGCUCCUUCUCCAAGAAGUGCCACCCUCACUACCUUGACCCUGAGGUCCACGCCAAGCUCUCUCGCCCCAACGCCCUUGACGGCCUUCGCAUCCACACCGACGAGGUCGAGGAGGUCAUUGCUCGCAUCAUGCCUGGCACUUUGACCAUUGCUGUCGUCAUGGACAGCAUGGAUUGGUUCGACAACGGCUCACAGGCCGCUGCCACCCAGGUUACCAAGCUUAACAGAGCUCUGGCUAUGGGCGGCCGCGUCAUGCUCCGUUCGUCGGCUCUUUCUCCCUGGUACAUCAAGGUCUUUGAGAGCCACGGUUUCUCUGCCAAGCGCUCCGGCGCCAGACUGGACGGAGCCUGCAUCGACCGCGUCAACAUGUACGCCAGUUGCUGGAUCUGCACCAAGGUUGAGAACCUUCCUCCCCCUACCCCCGAGUUCGAGCGCAACAACUCUGUCGACAUGCCCAGCUUGACCAUCUAA